AUGUUUUUAAUCGAAGGCAAUGGUAACGCAAUUCUUUACACGGGUGAUAUUAGGGCGGAGCCUUGGUGGAUUAACACUAUUAUUAGAAGCCCAGUGCUUAUUCCAUAUACAAUAGGGAACAACCGGCUGAAUCGGAUAUAUUUGGAUACAGCAUUGGCUGGAAAGUCGGACCAGUACACGUCUUUUCCUACUAAGGCAGAAGGGAUUAGAGAACUCCUCCAGAAAGUGCAAGCCUACCCUCAAGAUACUGUGUUCUAUCUGCGCAACUGGACAUUUGGCUACGAAGAUGUCUGGCUAGCACUUUCUGCUGCCCUCAAUACUAAGGUACACGUUGAUUCCUAUCAACUGAAACUCUACAACUCUCUUGCGUCAAAAGAUGGCCACGACUUGGGAAUCGAAGAAGCCUCUUACCUCUGCGGGUUUAGACUUGCAAGAAUUCAUAGCUGUGAACCCGGUGUAGUUUGUUCCACAAUAUCAACUUCUCCAUCUGUAUUCAUCACGCCGAUUGUCACGCGAAAUGAUGAAGGCUCAGAUAUAAUGGAAAUAGGCGCCGGUGGAGGAAUGGGUGAUCUGAUGCAGAAUCACAACCUUCAGCUUCCAGAUGAUGCCGCUGUAGGACGUUUUAUCACCUUGUGCUCCGAGCAGAUCCAAGACGAUGUGACACGCAAUGAGAUUAUCAGCGCCGUGUCAAAGGCGUAUGUAUCUGAAUCAAAAUCACUGUCCUUGGACUCCUACGGAAUCAAGGAAGAAGACGAAAUCACGCUCACAAAACUAGUGUCGAUACUAAGUCAUGGUCCAAAAAAGAGUCACUCUCUUGGAAAUGGUGAGACUGGCUCUUCCAAGUUACCUAGCACUAUUAGGUUUCCUUACUCCCGCCACUCUUCAUACGAAGAACUAUGUGCUCUUGUUUCCGCCUUUAGGCCAAGAGACGUCUAUCCCUGCACAAUUGACGCUGACACUUGGUGCGAAUCCAUUUCAAUGGAGGCCCUCUUUGGUAAAUUUUGCUCUGAUACCAUUUUCCUGCAUGACAAUGAGAUGAGAGAAUUAGCCGAAGAGCACGAAUUUCGACCACAGAAGAGAGCCCGCUGCGAGAGCGACACGCCUUCGGUUUGUACAUCUACCCAAGCAUCGAUCGUUGAACCAAAUGUGUCGCAGGAUCCUUUAUCCAGUAAACCCACAGAGCAACUCAAAACUAUGAAACAUGCUGAAAACACGAACAUGAAAAUGCCAACUACACAACUAAAUAUUGGGGCUACCAAUGGAGACGUGGAUGCUAUCAUUGAGAAUAUUGAUUUUUCUUUUCCGUCUCAGUUAUCGUCCGAUUUCUCAGAGUCGCAGUUUGCUGAAUCCUCGACUACCACAAAUAAUAGAAUGCAAGCCAUCAAGAAAGCUCUGAAAGAAAAAGCUUUCAAUAAUGAACUGGAAUUUUUCUUUGACAGUUCAUCUGACUCUAUAUCGCUGCCGCCGUCACCAAAACAUAAUUCGCAUUCUGGUGAUAGGCGGCCAUCGGUACAGGGUACGCCUGUUAUUGACGAAAAAGGCCAUUCCCACUCUGAACAGGAGAUUGAGGAAAACGAUGGCCCUCCGACGAGCCCCUUGUCGCUCUCAUCAUCUGCUUUUGCUUCUCAGGGGACCAUUCAGAUUCCCUCCGAUAGCGAAGACCGCACAAACGCUGCCACUUCCGAGGGCUUGGUGUGCGAGAAUCAAGAAAUGCCCUCCCUUAAGCGUACUCGUUCGAGAAUCUCGGCUUAUAGGGCGGCGAGGGGCGAAAGAUGGUCGGCGUUUCAUUCCUUGAUCUCCGCGGGGAAUAAUCACACCACCAGAGACGAGGAGCUCUAG